UCUGACUCUUGAAGUCGAAGAAUGCAUGACUGCUUAUUGAUAGGGAUUGUAUCACAAUGCCGUCGAUGAAACACACAAAAAAAGUUCGUCCUUCGACGGCUUCAGGUCUAUUGCAAUCUAAAGAAGUGAGUCAUGUGGUUGAUGAGUUACGUCCAACAACAGCACCGGUAAAAACAGAAGUUGGUUUUGAUCCUACAUUUCUCACAUCACGCCAUCACGUUCCUGGGACAUUGACUUCAUCCUCAGUUAGAGGGCGACAAGUACACGGUGGAAUACCAGAUCAUGAUUUAAAAGGAGUUCUUGGAAGAAGGGCAACGUUUUCUGAGCUAGAUCAUGACAAAAUUAAACGUCCUUUGACAGCAGCUGGUCAGAAAUUAACGCAAAAGUUGGAAGACCAAAUAACGCUUGAACAGUUGAAUAAAAUGAGGAAAGCAUUUGAGGAAGGCGAUGUUGAUAAUAGCGGAACACUUGACCUUGAGGAAUUUAAAGUUAUAUUCCAACAAUUUCUUGGCUUAAAGGGAAAGAGCGAAGACCAGGUUACGGAAUUAUUUAUGAAAAUUGAUUCUUCAUCAGAUGGUGAAAUCAACUGGGACGAAUUUUGUACUUAUAUGCAGUUAGAGUAUGCUGAGAAAGAGGAAUCAUAUCUUCGAUCUAAAGAGACGGCAUUUCACAUCCCGGCAACCACUGAGAACUCACCACAUCGUGAGCAAGUACUGACAAUAUGUCACACUUCAGAUAACACCUCACUGUGUGUUAGUCAGGAUGGAAUGGUGUCUUUUUGGUCACCUUCUCUAGAUUUUAAAAGAUCAAAACAUAUCGAAACAUCUUCUAAAAAAGCAAAGUGGAUCACAGAUUUCGUUUUAAUGCCUCAAUAUAACAAACUCAUCAUUUCCACUGGUGACCGGGAGAUACAGUUUCACGAGUUGUCAACAUUUGAGCCCUACUGUCAAAUAAGUGGUUUAGAAACAACUCCACUAAAAUUAGAAUAUUGUUCGACUGGUCAGGAUGAAUGUGUCAUUAUGUAUGGUGAUAGUCAGGGCUGCAUUAGUAUAUUUAUUCUUUCAUCAACCGGUGAAUCAUUAAGAACGUGGAAAAAGAUGCCAAAGGUGGAUGGAAUGGCGAAUGUUAAUGUUGAUAGUGUCAUUAGUUCUGAGAAUAUAAAAUUUGUGAGAUGGAAAGUUCACGACGAUUGGGUUUCCCAGUUAAGGUACUAUGAGUCACUUCGCGCUGUGAUUUCCUGCUCUAAUGAUCCAAAUACUGCUUUAGUUAUUGGCCAAACAAUCGGAAGCACAUACGUGGAGUCAGCUGUGCGAGAUCAACCGGGACAUGUUGGAGGACAGAAGAAAGUAUUUCAUGGCGCAGCAGGAAGAGAUAAUCAACCAAGACGACGUCAAGAUGCUGAUCAAACCGUCUUUAGAAUCUAUAAGGGAGUUAAGACGUUCGAUUUUUCACGAGAAAAGAAUGUCAUUGUUACUGGUGGAAUGGAUCGUCUUAUUCGCUUGUGGAAUCCAUAUGUUCCAAGCAAACCAACAGGAAUACUUCGCGGACAUACAGCUCCCAUUUGCUAUCUGUAUGUUUCAACUGAAGACAGUCGUAUUUUCAGUGUAUCUACGGACAAGACCGUUAAGGUGUGGGAUCUUAACGAUCAGAGUGUGUUGUACAGUGUUGGUGGAAAAGCUCAUAAAAUACGGGGAGAUUUAGCAGCUGUUCAUUAUAAUUUUUUCAAUAAGACAGUUGCUAUAGCAACUUCUGACCAUGUUGGAUUGCUAAUGCUGAAGAGUAGACUAACGUCAUCGGACUUGACCAUGACACACAAAGAACCCGUUUACUGUGCAAAAUUCAACAAAAGUUUUAAACAUGUUGUGACUGCCUCUGAGGGAUCGGUGAUUAAAGUAUGGGACAUUGGAACAGGCAACCAAGUGUUUGAAUUUAGUGAAGCUCAUGGAAGUAGCGGUGUCACGUGCUUAGCUUUUGAUUCAAGUGAAAGAAGAUUAAUUACCGGAGGGAGGGAUGGGCGGUUAAAAAUUUGGAAUUAUAACAAUGGCCAUUGUUUGCGGACAUUGGAAAAAGAUGAAGAUAUUGAUGAAGUAGCAUCAUUAACAUAUGUUGUAAUGAAUAGAAAUAGAUAUAUCAUAUCCGUAGGAUGGGACAGAACAAUAAACGUUUUUCUUGAUGACACAUCAGAUUUUCAUCAUGUUCAACGACCAUAUAUAAGAUGGGACGAUGACUUGACAAAUGGACAUCAAGAAGAUAUUUUAUCUGUAGUGUCGUGUCCUCCUAAUUUGCUAGCAACAUCCAGUUUUGAUGGCGAGGUUAUAGUUUGGAAUAUGGUUUCAGGGCAUAUAUUUUGCCAUAUCCGUUCUCCGUUUCAAAUGGAUAAACCUCAAGGUAGUGGAGCGAAUGCUGUCAGUUCAUUGGUGUUCCUAAGGUGCAGAGCUGGGAAUAAGUCGUCAGCAAUACUUGUUACCAGUGGACCUCAAGGAAUAGUUCACUUCUGGAAUGUUUACAAUGGAGGGUCACUUUACGGCACGAUAUCACCGACAAAUUUUGAAGUCACUGCGAUGGUUACCGAUAAAGCUAACACGAUAUUAGUCACGUCUGACCAUGGAGGAUUUGUGACUGUUUGGGACAUAGAAAAUUAUUGUUUGUAUGAAAAAUCUGACGAUUCUCCUAAACGAACACAAUCUUGGAGGGCCCAUGUCCAAGAAAUCACGAGUUUGGAUAUUUCAGAAGAGUACAAUGUUUUACUGACGUCAUCAGUGGAUUGCACGGUUCGAAUGUGGACGUUAAAUGGACAUUUUAUUGGAACGUUUGGUCAGCCUAAAAUGUGGGAUAUUCAUCAAGAAAUAUCAUAUCAACACCCCAUGGUACCCUAUGAUGUUCUUGUGGAUCCUAAAAGUAUUCCUAAACUUCCCAUAUUUGAAAGUGAUGAAGAGUCCAUCGAUAUCAUUGAGGAUAAUGAAGAUCUUGAUGGUGAACAUGAAAUGGAAACUGUAGGCAUUGGAAGAGAGGCGAACAUGCAGGGGCGAGGUUCUAUGAACAGUGAUUAUCCAGCUCAGAGUCCUGAUGAUCACGAAAUCGCUAAGGAAUUAAAAGAUAGAGUUUGGAAGAGUGGAAUGGGAAAAAGACUUCGUCACGAAAGAUUACGAAGAAAGCCUCAAGCUUCAGACGGUCCAAAUGCUUACCAAUCGCUUACCUGUUAUGACCUGGAAGUAACCCCUCCUAUCCCCCCACCACCCGAUACAUCCUUUAUUAACGAUCCUUUUGAUAUCAAAUUUUAAAUCAAAAUGUACCAGCAAAUAUGAAUCAAAAAGAGAUAACAAUUAGUAGUGUACAAAAAACAAUAGAUUAUUUAUUAUAAUUACACAGCCAGGGCAUUAAACAUCUUUUACACUAAGUCUCGCUUCCCCUAUAUUUUAGAUAUAUAACCCUUAUUUAUACAGCAGAUGGAUCUCAUCUGCAAGUAAUCUUACAAUGGGUUGAACUACAUACUUAUUGUACGUUUAUUUUGCAUUGCAAUGUUAGUCAUUUUGCUAUAGGCAAUGAUUAGUACGCACCAUGUUACUCUCCGCUGUUUGCGUGUUUUUUUUUUAUUUUGCUGGCGCUUUAGUUGAUGACGAUUAUUUAACUUUUAUCCUUAAUUCUCUCCGACUUUGAUCAAGGCAACAAAAAACCUAUAGAGUAGGGCUUUUGUUGCGUUGGUGAAAGAGUGUAAAAUAUGAAAUACCAAUAAAUGUCAACAAGAAAACAGCAAGUAAUUUCUGUUUGGUAACAAGCAAAAUAGUGAACCUACUGCACGGAAAAAAUUAUAAAAAAUAGGAAAAAACCCCACGAGUGUUAUGCAUUCUGUAGAAAUAUGGACAUAUGGUAACUUACCAUGCAUACAGUAAAACUGGUAACGUUAUUAAUUUAAUUGCUAUAAAUAUAAAAAUGUAUAUGUGUAUGUAUAUAAAAAAAUGUAAAUUAUAGAUACAUCGGCUAUUUAUUGUUCAAUAGUCCAGUUGUAAAAGUUCAUUGGAGGUUGGAGAGAUAAGGGACUAAAAAAACUUUAGA